AUGCAUCGUUUCCCGUCGAUGUCUUCCAUUAGAUCGGCUGUUAGGAGUCGUAACAGUAAUCGAUGUUCAAUGUCAACUAAGCCUCAUAAAUCUCUACGUACCAUAGAUGAGAUGCCACAUAAGAAAUCAUUACCAAUCAUAGGAACAAAAUUUGACUUAUUUUCUGCAGGUGGAGGAAAAAACUUACACAAAUAUAUCGACAUGCGUCACAAGCAAUUAGGACCUAUAUUCUACGAGAGAUUAACAGGAAAGACAAAACUUGUCUUUAUCAGCGACCCAACUCACAUGAAAAGUUUAUUCUUAAAUUUAGAAGGAAAAUAUCCGGCACAUAUUCUACCAGAACCGUGGGUACUAUAUGAAAAAUUAUACGGAUCAAAAAGAGGACUUUUCUUUAUGGACGGAGAGGAUUGGUUGAUUAAUCGACGAAUUAUGAACAAACAUCUACUCAGAGAAGAUUCAGAUGUAUGGUUACGAGCUCCUAUAAGAACAGCUGUGUUUCACUUUAUAUGUAACUGGAAACUUAGAGCUCAAAGUGGCAACUUCUCUCCUAACUUGGAAUCUGAGUUUUAUAGAUUUUCCACUGACGUUAUUUUAGCAGUUCUUCAGGGGAAUAGUGCACUAUUAAAGCCCACGCCAGAAUACGAGAUGUUAUUGUUACUGUUUUCUGAGGCUGUCAAGAAAAUAUUCUCAACGACUACAAAAUUAUAUGCUUUACCCGUAGAAUUCUGCCAACGAUGGAAUUUAAAAGUGUGGAGAAAUUUCAAACAAUCCGUUGAUGAUUCCAUCUCUAUCGCUCAGAAAAUUGUAUACGAAAUGUUGCACACAAAAGACGCUGGUGACGGUUUGGUAAAAAGACUAAAGGAUGAAAAUAUGUCUGAUGAAUUAAUAACAAGAAUUGUUGCUGACUUUGUCAUCGCCGCUGGAGAUACGACAGCUUAUACAUCACUUUGGAUAUUAUUUUUACUUUCAAAUAAUACUGAAAUCUUAACUGAAAUGAACGACAACGACCAAUACGUGAAAAAUGUUGUUAAAGAGGCAAUGAGAUUAUAUCCUGUAGCACCAUUUCUUACAAGAAUUUUACCCAAACAAUGUGUUUUGGGACCUUAUUUGCUCGAGGAAGGGACUCCAGUAAUAGCUUCAAUCUAUACAUCGGGUCGAGACGAACAAAAUUUUAGCAAAGCAGACCAAUUUUUGCCUUAUCGAUGGGACAGGAACGAUCAACGAAAGAAGGAUUUAGUAAAUCAUGUACCAUCUGCCACACUGCCAUUUGCCUUCGGCGCCAGAUCAUGUAUCGGUAAAAAGAUGGCUAUGCUACAAAUGACAGAAUUAAUCAGUCAGAUUGUGAAAAAUUUUGACCUGAAAUCUAUGAACAAUUCUGAUGUGGAUGCUGUAACUUCACAGGUGUUAGUGCCGAACAAAGACAUCAAAUUUACUAUUAGAAAGCCAAAAAUAGACCAGAAUUCGCAAAGGCACAUACAAGCUGAAAAGUAA